GAGGCUUCUCCAGUCCUACGUAAUGGACCUGAGUGACCAGAAUAGUGUCUUAGUUCAGACGAUGGAAGAGCUGGAGAGAGAGUCUGAGUGGAAGGUGGCUACACUAGAGGCAGAGCUUCAGCGCCCAUCCCUGGCUCAGCGCCCGGUGCCAACAGAACACCUUUCAGGAUCCACAGCAGCGCAGAUAACUGUCACUCCACCACAGCAAAUGAUGGAGCAAGAAGAACUGAGAGUUCAACUGGCAUCUAAAGAGCAGCUUAUUCAUCAGUUAAACGUCCAUCUGAGGGAGGCAAAUCACAGCCAGGAAAAGUCAAAAGCAGAGGUUCUGGAGAAGGAAGCUAAGAUUCAGGAGCUGCAGGAGAUAAUCACAGACCUUCACCAUGAAAUUUCCCUGAAGGACUCGGAGGCAGUCAAUCAACUGGAGGAGAAGCACCUGCUGGAGACCACAGUGCAAUCCCUCAGGCAGAUCGUUAGCAGUGCUCCGGGAUCCCGUCCUUGUGAAAGGCUCCCCUCAUCUUCCCGAACCAACGAGCUCCUGAAAACAGAGCUGGAAUGCCGAGAUGCAAAAAUCCAGACUCUUCAAAGCCAGCUCCUGCUCAUGCAGGACAAAAGGGAUGUGCUGGCCACCGAGCUGGAUGCUCAAGAGCAGAGGAUCUAUCAACUGCAGACCAAGCAGACGGAGAGGCAGGCAGAACUGGAGCAGAAAUGCAGCCGGAUCCAGCAGCUCGAGCAAGACCUGGAGGCCAGCGGCAGGCUACAGGAGGAAUCCCAGAGGCAGGCACAAAAGACAAAGAAUCAGCUUACUGAAGCAGAGGUGGAGGUGGUCACCAUGAGGAGCAAAUAUAGCAUGGCACAGAAAGAGAUGAGCAGGCAGCACCAGACCAUGCGGGCACUGGACGAGAAGCAAGCCCAGCUGCAGGCCCAUUGUCACCACCUGGAGGAGGAGACUGGCUUUCUGCAGGCCAGGCUGGAGGCCCAAGGCCUGGUGCUGGAGAAUGAGCAGAUGCUGGUAACCAGCCAAUUACACCACAAAGAGGAGCAGGUGGAGACGUUAACGAGAGACCUGCUGAAGGCAAAGGCUGAGGUGCAAGCAGCUGAGCAGAAGGCCCGGCGCUGGGAGGACACCAUCGGGCAGCUGAAGGAUAGCCUGUCAGCAUCCCAGGUCUCGCAGGAGGCAGCCGAAUCCAGAGCCCAGCACAAAGAAGAGCAGCUGCAGGGUUUGCAGAGGAAAGGGCAGUCACUGCACCAGGAGCUGAAGAGGGCGCAGAGAGAGGCGGCCCAGCUGGAGGCGCUGCUGAGCACAUCGCAGCUGGAGUCAUGCUCCCUGAAGAAGGAGCUGCAGAGGAAAGACGAGGAGCUCCAGCGCCUGCAAGAGCAGCUCCGAGAUUCUCAGGAAGCACUGCAGGGUGCUAGGCAAGGGAAAGAGGACGUCCAGAAGGAGUCAGAGACCCAGCUGCUGCAGCGUGACCAGCUGGUGGAGCAGCAGAAAGCGGAUCUGGUGGCAGCCCGAGAGGAGCUCUCCAGGUGCGCAGGGCAGCUCGCAGAGCUGCGCUCAGACCAGCAGCAGCAGGCAGGGGAGCUGGCCGUCCUGAGGGAGAGGCAGAAGACCGCGCAGCAGGAGGUGUGCAGCCGUGAGCAGACCAUCGGGAAGCUCAGAGGAGACCUGAAAAGUGCCGAGGAGGAGCUGGCGCGAGCGAAGGAUGAGGGGAAGGAGCGAGCCGCAGAGGGGAGCGGCCUGAAGGGAAAGCUCCACCAGCUGCAAGAUGACGUAAGAAGCCUGCAAGAGAUCUGCAGGGAGCGGGAAAAGGCCAUGGCGGAGCAGAACUGCUGCAUCCAGCAGCUCCGGCACGAGCGGGAAAUCUGCAUCGGCCAGCAAUGCCAGACGCUGAAGGGGGAGGUACGGCUCCUGGGAGGGUCGCCCCCUCUCAGCAGGCAGCCCAGAGCUGAGCCCUCCUUCACUCCCAGCAUGUCCCAUCAGCCCCCUCUGGGGCUGGGCCACCGCCCGGGCGUGGAGCAGGGCGGGCGAGAGUCUCGAGUCAGGCGCCGUCAGGGCCCCCUUGUCGUGGGAAGGGGCUGGUUCUGGUUCUGGCCUGAGCCCUGCCUGGCCCUCGCCGCACUGCCAACACGCGCAGCGGGGCAAAGGCCGGCAGGCGGCUCCCCUGUGCUGUCGCACUCCCAGGUGUUCUACUACGAAGAGGUGGUGCAGGAGCAGGAGCGGGAGCUCUGCCUGCAGCAGGAGCAGCUCCGAGAGGCGCAGGAGCACCUGGCCAUGGCCAAGCGCAAGAGCAGCUCCACCGAGAGCAGCCUGGAUCUGUACAAGAAGAAAUACCAGGCCGCCUUGAACAGAGCUGGCGAGCUGGAGGGCAAGGUGCAGAGCCUGGAGGAGGAGCUCCGGGACAUGAGCAGCCAGAUGCGGGAGUGUGACGACACCAUCAUCAGCCUGUGCAGCAAGCAGCUGGUUCUGCAGCAGGAGAUGACGGGCAGGAGGAACCAGACGGCCAUGGAGCAGCUGACUCAAGAGCUUCAUGCCACGCGGGAGGAGCUGUCCAGGAGCCUUCAGCACCUCCACCAGCGUGAGCAGAGCAUCCAGGGCCUCCGCGAGGAGCUGGCUGCCACUCAGGCCAAGUGCUUGGCAGACGAAGAGACUCUGGUGAAUGUGCAGACGGAGUUUGCCUCCUACACAGCCACUCACAGUCACGCCAACGCCAGCUACGAGAGCCAAGCCGCCAUGGCAGAGAAACUCCAGCAGCAGCUGAGCCACGCCGACGAGGAACGCGCCAAGCACAGCCAGCGGGCCGAGGAGUACCAGUGCCUGGUGCAGGACUUGAAGCUGGAGCUGGUGCGAGUGGCUGAGCAGAAGAACAGCGCCAUGAAAGCUCUCGGGAAGCUGGAGCUGGAGGUGCAGAGCCUGAGGCAGGACACAGCUGCUGAGGUGGAGCAGAAGGAGCUGGAGGUGGCCAAGCUGCAGCAGCUGAUCCAGCCACUGGAGUGCAAGCUCCAGGAGAGCCGCCGGCUGUGUGUGCAGAAGGAGCAGAUCAUGCAGAGGAGGGAUGAACAGCUCCGCCAGGCGCAGGCCGCCAUGCGGCAGGCUCGCAAUGCCCUGCAGCAGAGGGGGCUGGAGGUGGAGAAGCAGCGCGCAGAGGCCAGGAGCCUGGACGCGCGCCUGCAGGAGGCCCAGCGGGAGAGGGAGCAGAGCCAGGCGGCCAGCGACAGCCUGCAGGAGGAGAUCCAGCUGCUGAGACAGCGCCUGCAGGACAGCCAGCAGCAGCAGCAGGCGGCUGCUCAGGAGCUGGUGCAGCAGGAGGAGCAGCUGAGCGAGCGCCUGGCCGAGGGCGUCCGGCUGGAGCAGGCGAGCCGCAGGCUGGAGGCGGAGCAGCGGGCGCUGCAGGAGCAGUUGUCCAGCAGCACGGAUGAGGUGGAGCAGAGCAGGUUGGGAGCGGCCGGGGACCUGCCAGUGGCCCCUGGUGGAGGUGGGAAGAGCCCAGCAAGGGGCACAGGAGGUUGGCACCUGCCCGUGCCAGGCUCCAUGACCCAGAGCAGCACCAGGCAGCACUCAGAGCUGUGGCUGUGGGGCAGGGAGACCCGAGGCAGAGCCACUCAGGAUGGGAAGGGGCCAGGGGGCAGAGCCAGGGUUGAUUUUGGGGAGCCUGCCGCGUGGGGCGUCCGGCUGGGCUCCUAG